UCCCUUUAAUUUCUUUUCUACUUUUUUUUGUGGGGUUUUCUUUUCUUUUUGCAGAUAAACGGUAGAGGUUAAACAAAAAAGGAUCAAAGAUGGGGAAAUCAUCUUCUUUGAAGAAGAAACGUUCGAAAGAUUCAUCUCAGUCGCGAAUGAGGAAGAGUAAGGUUAAGAGCAAGAAAAGCAAGUCCAAGAAGCUUCGACGUCGACGAGAUGAUUCUGUUUCUUAUCCAAGUGAUAGUGAUUUGGCUAGUAUGGUGUCUGUUUCAUCCUUUAGUUCUGAGGGCGAUUGUAGAGGUCGAAAGUCCCGGUCUCGUAAUCUGAAGGAUAUAAAAGGUGGAAAGAAGAGAUCUAGAAGAUGGUCCUCCAGUAGGGAAAGUAGUGAGGAUUCUCCUAAUGCAAAGAAACGUAGAAGAUCGAGGAGGGGUGAUACGAGGAGGAGAUUGGUCAAGAUGAAGAAGUCUAUGAGAGAAUUGAGUGUGAGUUCAAGGAGUGGUAGAUCGUUGAGUUGUUCAACUUGUCCGAGUGACAAUGAUGAAAUUGAAUAUGAGAAAAGAAGGGGCAGAUCAGAAAGAAAGGAAAAAUAUGGAAGAAGAUUGGAGAAGGUUAAAAGAGGAAGUAAAAGGAGUAAGGGGCAAUCAAGGGAUUGUUUUUCUUUGCCUAGAGAUGGUGAAGGAUCUGAUCAUUCGAUUGAGGAGAGAAUAACGGAGGAUAGCAGCUUUAGAAAGCUGAAAUCAGUUAUUACUGCUGUCGAACAAGUAGAUGAAAGCACUAGAGAAUUGAUUGCCGAUGAGCCUAAAGAAGAUGUAUGUGAUUAUGAUGAUUAUCCAUCGUGCAGGAGCAAUGAUUGUAAUGAUGGCUGUAGUCGGAGGGAGUUACAGCAACACAUCCAUACUGUAUCCGAGACAAUAAAGCCUCCAAAUGAUGAGCAAGAAGUUUCUAGCAUCAGAACAAGCAAUGUUGAAAUCAAUGUUUCAAGUGCCACUGAUGGUUUAAAUGGUGAUAAUAUUGAAUCAAUUUUAAGACAACGUGCACUUGAAAACUUAAAAAAGUUUCGCGGUGAGCUCCAAAAAAACAUCAAUUCUCAAAUUACUUCGAAUGAUAAGAGUGUUGAUGAUGUUAAAACGCCAUCGUCUGUAAACAUAGACUCGUUUCAGAUUAAAGCCCCUAAAGCAGAUGAUGGUAGAGUGGUGAUAGCAAACCAAUUGAGCCAACAGAUUAGACAGCCUCCAGGUAAAAGAGACUCGUCCACUCUCCCAAGGAUGAUAGGAACACGACAAAUACGAGUGAUGAUGGAAAAUGUUCUGAGACUCCAGGGCUUGAUGUCGCUUCCCCAUCACCUCGGUUGGUCCCCACUGGUAUGCCUGUGAAAGAGGUUAAUACAGGUAUUAAUUCUGUUUCUAAUAAGCCAAAGUUGGUUAUAUCACGAACCGGACUUGAAGCACUUAAUGCGAGCAAUACUCGGAAACAAGAAGCCGUUAUCCAAGAACCUUCUCAGACCAAGUGGGUAACUGAAACUAGUAUAGAUGAGAGUGAUUUAGAAGCUGCUCAAACCAUAAAACCCUCCUCCGACAAUGCAGCUUCUGUUUCUUAUAGGCCGAAAUCUGUUAAGUUGCGAAUAGGACAGGAACCGCCUAAUACUUGCACCACCCAAAAACAAGAAUCUGCUGCACUAGAAUCUCCUCGAGCUAAGUUUGUAACCGAGAGUAGCGUGAAGGAGAGUAAUUUAAGAACUGCCCAAACUGUGAGUCCCGGAGUGUGUGGUAGUCUAGACAGUAAAGAUAAUGAUAUUUGUGAUUCUACUUGCGAUAAGCCACCCCCUUCUGGUAACAUUAGCUUGGAUAAACAGGAAGAUGAGACCAAGGGUGGUGGUUCACAAUUUCAGCAAAAGACAAUGUCCGUAAUGCGGGGUGGGGAAAUGGUACAGGUUAGGUUUUAACCCCAGUAGUACUCGAUUCAUCGAUCUAUUUUUUAUGUGUUGAUCAUAAUGUUGUUGGAUAUUUUGUCUUAUCUUGUCCAGGUGAGUUACAAGGUUUAUAUUCCUAAGAGAGCCCCUGCUUUGUCUAGGAGACGACUCAAACGCUGAGCCCUUACCUUAUCCGAUUUUGAUUAAAAGGAUGCAACUUUUGCGAUGAUCUGAGAAUUGCAUAUAGGUAUAUGUUGGCUGAUUGUGCUGUACAUAUUUAUAGUUAUAGAGGACUAAAUGAUAAUAGACCUAUUGGU